AAUGUUUAACUGCUCCAAUGAAGCUUCAGUCCUUUCCACGCUCGACACCGAAAUCUCAGACCAGUAAGCAAAAAGCAUAGGCCGACGACGUCUUUCAUCUUCCACUGGUCGAACCUUGUCUUGUACUACGCCAUGUCGAAUCCAAGCGAAUCCGAGAAGAAGAACAAGAAGAGGGCAAACCCCAUCGCUCUGUUCAUGGCCUUUGGCACGAAAGGCGACGUCUUUCCCAUCGCCGCGAUCGCUGCUGCAUUUGGUGGUGAAAGGAAGGACUACAGAGUGUUUUUCGUCACUCAUUUGGCACACCGGAGUUUGAGUGCCCAUUUGACCAAAAAGUGUGUGACGUAUGUGCCAAUUUCAUCACCGCCUGUACUUCCUAUCCAGGAAGAUAGUAGCCCUGCAGGAUCAUUGCAACCGCCGUUUUCUCUACAGAAGAGGAACAUUACCAACGUGCACAGACAAGAAUGCUUAUCCGCAGUUGAGAGCAUCUUUGGACUCGAAGAAGUCAUUGCUGGUGACUUUAUUUUGAUUAACUUCUUUGCUCUGGAGGGAUGGAACCUUGCAGAGCUUUUUCAGGUCCGCUGCGUGGUUGCUGCUCCAUAUGUCGUUCCUUAUAGUGCUCCUUCAUCAUUUGAGCGUCACUUCAGGAAGAAAUUUCCAUUGCUGUAUGAAUAUCUCCAAGAAGCUCCCAGUGGCAAGGUCUGCUGGAAAGAUGUGACCCAUUGGAUGUGGCCACUUUUUGAGGAAAGUUGGGGCUAUUGGAGAAGUGAUGUCUUACAUUUAAGUUCCAUUCCUUUUACUGUCAGUGCUCUCGAGACUCUGCAGGAUCCAGUGACAAGUCUUCCAAUGUGGCACGAGAGAGAUCCAUCUCCUCCACUCUUGUAUGGGUUUAGCGAGGAUAUUGUUGAACACCCUGAUUAUUGGCCGUCAAAUGUUCGUGUUUGUGGAUUCUGGUUUAUCCCAAUCGAGUGGCAGUUUUCCUGUCAACAGUGCCUUGAAGGUGCAGCACCUGAUUUAGAAGUGCAUUCAAAGACAGAAUAUCCAACAUGUUCUGUUCAUGUUCAAUUGCAUUCUUUCCUGAAGACCGAUAAUUCAAUGCCACUUGUUUUUGUCGGCCUGAGUUCAAUUGGCAGUAUGGGCUUGAUGCGGAACCCUCAAGCUUUUCUUGCUGUCCUGCAAAUUGUUACCAGAAUUACAAAUUACAGGUUCAUUCUAUUUACUGCUGGUCAUGAACCCUUACAAGCAGCAGUUCUUGCUGCUGCUGCAGAGGAAUCAUCAAGUUUUAGUCAAAGACAGUUUAUUGAAGAUGGGAUAAUCCUAUUCAGUGGACAACUCUUCUGCUUUAGUGGAAGCAUUCCAUACCUCUGGCUGUUCCCAAAAUGUGCAGUUGCAGUUCAUCAUGGGGGAAGUGGGUCAACCGCGGCAGCACUUAAAGCUGGUAUUCCCCAGGUAAUUUGUCCAUUUCUCCUGGAUCAAUUCUACUGGGCUGAGAGGAUGUUCUGGCUUGGGGUGGCCCCAGAACCACUUAAAAGGUGCCAUUUGCUCCCGGAAAGUACUGAUGGCAUGUGCAUUAUGGAGGCCGCAAAUGUGUUUACAGGCUCCAUACACACUGCACUUUCUGCUACAGUCCAAGCACGUGCUGCAGAUAUAUCUUCACAAAUUGCUCACCAGGAUGGAGUUUCGGAGGCUGUGAAGAUUCUGGAAAGGGAGAUUGUUUCGGUGCAAUUAAGAAUUACCGGUAGACAAAGAAGAAUCGAACAAGAAAUUGAUUUUAUGGCUCUUCAACUGACCACAAGAGUCAACCCCACAAGGCUUCCCUUUUGGCCAACCACCACUCGAUUGAUGACCCAGAAGGGACAACGCAACCCUCUGGAGCUCCACAUGACGUUACUUCCACAGCGUGGAGAGGAAAGUGUGUUAUGGUUGAGCAGUACGCCAAAAAAAAUCGCCAUGAGAAAAGAUGAAACCAAGAAAGUACUCGAAAAGAGGCGGCAAAGGAAUCAAAAUGGGGACUGAAAACUCCAUAUCCAUACCUGAGAUGAUAGUGGAAUCAUUGAUCUUACCGUGGGCAUCCACCGAAGACCUACUUAAGAUUAAGGUCAUGCAUGUGAAAUGGAUUUGGAUCGAAAAGAUUACUUUGAUCGGAGUGGCGACAUCGUUUGGAGGGAGUGCCAUGUUGUUUAUUUACUAGCCAAAUGCCCGCUCAAUGCUCGGAUUAGGAAAUAUGACACAAGUGAUCUCUAAUUUUGAUCCAA